UGUAGCUGUUGGAAGUAUAUAAUUAAAUAGGCUGCAAGUACUUUGGAAAUGUUGAUUACAUCUCUCGGUGCAUGGAAAUGAAUGCUACACCCAGCGUAGAAGAAUGGCGUGCAGAGAUUGACACACAAAUUAUGGCAGUCUCCUGCGGUAUUCAAAAUGGCAGAAAUGGAUGGAUUAAUGGACAGGCUGGAGAAAGCUGUAAUUCGACUUGAAUGUGUGCUUUCAAGUUCUUAUUCUUCCAACUCAGCAGACAAAAAUGUUGUUAAUGGCAUAAAUGGAGGUGUUGCCCCAUUUGUGGAAGCUUUUGAUGCGCUGAUGGCAGGGACAUUGGAGGAAUAUCUCAAGAAUAGCAAAGUUAUUGGCGGUGAAGUAGAGGCACAUGCUGGAAUGGUGGAAAAUGCCUUCAAAGCAGAAAGAGCAUUUCUGGUUUUCGCUUCGCAACACCAGCAGCCCCCUCAGGUGGAGGAGUCCUUAAUCCUAAAGCCAAUUUCUGAAAGAAUCCUUGAAGUACAGUUAUUCAGAGAAAAAAAUCGUGGAAGUCAAAUGUUCAACCACCUUUCUGCCAUCAGUGAAAGUGUACCAGCACUUGGUUGGAUUGCCAUGUCGCCAAAACCAGGUCCCUAUGUCAAAGAGAUGACUGAUGCUGCUACCUUUUAUACUAACAGGGUACUUAAAGAUUACAAAAGCACUGACCAACACCAUGUGGAUUGGGUCAAAUCUUACUUGAAUAUAUGGAGCGAGCUGCAAGCGUACAUUAAGGAAUAUCACACCACAGGAGUUUCAUGGGGAAAUGCUAUAUAUUCAAUUCCACCAACUGCCAAUGGAGGCACUCUACUGCAAAAAUCAUCUGAGCCAAGUUGUCCACCCCCUCCUCCUCCCCCUCCUCCCCCUCCAUGUCCUCCUCCAAUGGCUGAUUUUGAAGCUUCUAAAGCCAAAGAUGAUAUUUCCCAAGAUCGCUCAGCAUUGUUUGCCCAGCUAAAUCAGGGAGAAACUAUUACAAAAGGGCUCCGACAUGUUUCAGAUGAACAGAAGACUCAUAAAAAUCCUAAAUUGAGGAGUGAAAGUGGACCAAGUAGAUCCCCUACAAAAAGUCACACCCCAAGUCCAACUACACCUCCUGCACAUCAGUCUUAUCCUCCUUUGCUGGAACUGGAAGGAAAGAAAUGGAGAGUGGAAUACCAAGAGGGAUCACAAGGCCUUGUCAUUUCUGAAACUGAACUCAAGCAAGUGGUGUACAUUUUUAAAUGCAAGAAAACAACCGUACAAGUUAAAGGCAAAAUAAAUUCAAUUAUAAUUGACAACUGCGCAAAGCUUGGACUUGUCUUUGAUGAUGUUGUGGGCAUUGUAGAAGUAAUCAAUUCCAAAAAUAUUGAGAUACAGGUUUUAGGAAAAGUACCAACCAUUUCCAUUAACAAGACAGAUGGAUGCCAUGUAUACCUGAGUGAAAAUUCAAUAGACUGUGAGAUUGUGAGUGCCAAAUCAUCAGAAAUGAACAUCCUUGUCCCACACGAUGGAGAUUAUAAAGAAUUUCCUGUUCCUGAACAGUUCAAGACAUCAUGGGAUGGUUCCAAGUUGGUCACCGAGCCUGCAGAAAUGAUGGGAUAGUCUGGCACUGUAUUUUUCUAAGAGCACCAGCCUGACAGAGGGUGUUUAAUUUCAUCAUCGUAGGCAUUGCCUGCAUCUCACUCGCAGUAUGAACUGAAUUCAUAUUGCUUUUGUGGGCAUUUAGUAAUUCCACACAGAAUAAUUUCUAAUAAAUAUAACAUUUAUAGGAACGAUAUUGCAUUUUUUCUAUAGUAAAUAAUACAAAAGACAGUGGGGGAAGGGCAUUUACAAAGAGGCUCAAUACUAGCACAGAACAUUAAAAAAAUAAUUUCACUUUGCUCGACUGCUCAGUGAUUUAACUGGAGGCCCAUGGACCCCAGAUUUCUUCUGUCCAAGUACCUAAGUUCCGUUUACCAAAAAUUCUCAUAUAAUCCAAGACUUUCAUGGGAUAAUGGGUUGGCUAUUAUAUGCUACCGUUUUUUAAUACUCUUGGGGUAUCAACUGGUCCCUGGCCUGGGGUGCAGUCAUAACACCGGCACCUGAUUAUGUCCCAUAUAAUACUAUGCAUAUGUGGGCACUGGCCUCGUUUCUAGGUAAUGAAUGGAUGGCACAUGACUUGGCUGGAUUAAUAUACACGACCUGAAUUUAUCAUUCAUCAUUUAUUUUAGAAAAGCAAGAUCACAAACGAGUGCCUUUUCUAGGCAAUUAUCAACUACCAUAUAUGUUACUGCCCAGAAACCUCACAAUAUUGGUGUAACUGUAUAUACAUUAAAGCAACUAUUUGCGGCAUGCCACAGAUAUGAGCAAAAAAUCACUGGCCUCGAUAUUCAAUGAGACCACUUACUAGGUGUCCAGUCAGAGAAACUAUGCAGAAGCCUAUGCAUACAGUACAUACCCUCUAGUUCUGAUAUAUUUAUAUCUAUGUGUGCUCAAUAAGCUAAUUGCAGAUGCAGUAUACAUAACAAUUUGAGGGUCAUAGUGUAUUACCAUUUAACAAAUAUAUUAUAAAGGGGCUUUUACAUCAAUAAUUCAGUAAUCAUUUACAUAUGAAACAUUUUACAUUUAACUUGAAAAUUUGUUGACGUUAAGAAAUGAUACAGGUUGUGAUAAAAACUGUUACUGUUAAUAAAAAUAUAUAGUCAAAUAAAGGUACAUUUACAACAGACAGUCACCUUUAGACACUGUAAUAUUUCCCCAAGACUGUCCAAAUAGAUGAAAUAGCCAUGCUAUACAUUUGCCAUACUGUGGCCCUGAAAAGCACAAAAGUCUCAUCCCAAACACAGACAAUAUUAAUUCAAUACAAAAAGAAACAAUACUGCGUGUAUAUCCAGUCUUCAGAUUAUUCAUUACACAGCAGGGAACACAUAUACGUGCAAUAAUAACAGUAAGUGUAGUAAAGAUAACACAGGGAAGCAGAGCUCAGUGCUCUCUAUGCUGGAGACAAAUGAAACCUCUCAUGUGAGAGAAAUCUUUUGACAGACUAAAAUUCUCACCAAAUCCAGUGCUAUUGUAUGGAGCCUUUUGCAUCAAUUUCCAAAAUGCUGUUUUCAUUCCCUAGCCACAUCUUUGAAUAAGCUAAUUCACAGAGCAACACAAUUCUUGGAAAGCAUCUACUCACUAGGUUCAGAGAAUGUUACAUUUUAUUCAGUGUUAGACUAGCCUGCCAGUACACCAGAGCAUCUCCUAGUCAUUUCCAACCAGAGGAUCUCCUGGUGGGCUAAUUGGGCCCAGGCCAAGGACAGUUCCAAUCAGCCCUUUACUAUUUGUGCCAUAGGCUUACAUGCCUUUUAUAACAUUUGACACAGAGGGGCAGAUUUAUUAAGGCUCGAGUUGUUUUUAUCUGAAUUUUCGAGUUGUGGGACUUGAACUCCCAGAAUCGGGUUUUUCACAUUUGAGUGUGUGUAUAUAUAUAUAUAUAUAUAUAUAUAUAUAUAUAUAUAUAUAUAUAUAUAUAUAUAUAUAUAUAUAUAUAUAUAUAUAUGAAUGUUUAGAAAAUAAUGUAUAAAUAGAUAGCUAGGAUAUGCAUUCAUUUCAGAGGAAACAAAAAAUAAGUGAAGGUAGAUUUUUGCUCAGUGGAACUAAUUAGCAUGACCUGGAUAAUUCAAGAAGAUAUAUAGUUCCAUAACCAUGUGUCUCCUUUGGUAUAAUUAGUACAGAGCAAACUAUGCUUGAUUAAUAAAUGAUGUUAAAGUGAGGACUGUAGAGUAUGCCUAAGAUAAACAUUAUGGCAGCUCUCACUUCAUUGUAGAAAAUUUGCUAACAUAGUUAAUUCUGAAUUGAUUCAUUGAUUCUGCAUUUUGUAGCCUCUGUGCCACAACUAAAAUUUGUAUUAAAUAUCACUAUGAAAUUGUUUUAUUAGUGAUUCACCUUUAUUUCUUUCAAAGUACAAAUAGCUUGCUUGUUAAUAAGGGCUAUAUGACUUCACAUUUAUCCACCUUUAUCCACCUUUAUCCACCUUAAAGGAGAAGGAAAGUUUUUUCACACUUGGGGGUGCCAAAUGUUAGGCACCCCCAAGUGAAUUUAUUGAACCUGGGGCCAGUGGUCCUAUCAACAGAAAACUGCAGCGGCCCAGGGUUAUUCCAGCGAGCAUCACAGAUCGAUCCUCUUCCGGCUUUUUCUCGCAGCUGCGCAUGCGCAUAAGAGUGAAAAGCUGAACUAAAAACCUGGCUAUUUCAAUCUAGUGUGCAUGCGUCUGCCCCAGGAAAUUUGAAGAAAGAAGAAGCUGGAAGAGGAUCGCUCCUUGGUGCUCGCUGGAAGAACUCCGCAGUUCUCUGCUAAAAGGAGCAUCGGCCCGGGUUUCAGGUAGGUAAAUAAAUUCACUUGUGGGUGCCUAACAUUUGCCAUCCCCAAGUGAGAAACAACUUUCCUUCUCAUUUGGGUCAUGUGGGCAAUGCAGAGACAUGGGAUCUGAAUAAAUACCAAAUGUGGGUCUGAUUAAAUACCAAAAUGCAUGUUUUUAUGCAAGCCAUUUGGUGUGCACUGGUCUUACAGGGAACAUUGAUUCACACUAAGCAUUAUUAUUUGCUAUUUCCCUGUUCAUUCCAGCAACAUAGCUUGCACUUAUGGAACAUGAUCAAUCACUCGAAUGACAGCAGCUACUAUACCCCAGCAUUGUAUUAAAGCCCAUGUUUGCCUUAUGGAUCUGAAGUGUUUUUAUGAAAAUACAAUUUGGAAUUACUAAAUGCCCAGUAAAAAGCAAUAUUUUAGUUUCCAUUUUAAUUGCACAAUUAGCGUAUUGAUAUCUUGCUUAAUUUUUCCUUGUUUAGAAUAAGAUGCAGUCCUCUAGAAUGUAUAAAUCCAUGACAGCUGGUAGAAUUGCAUCUUUGAUGCCAAAAGCAAACGUGUUACUCUGCUAUAUUAACCGUAUCAAACUGCAUUCCUUUUUAUUAUUUCUGUUGGUGGAGUUACGUUAGCCAGCGUGUGUUGUAUCAUGUUUACAUUUUUUUGUGUAACGCUUACAGAAUAUGUUUCGUUAUGGAUCAACAGCUCUCUACUGAAUAUAUUACUGGCUGCUGACAUAUUCCCUUUAUAGUAGCGGCUUUUUAGUUUCUGCUUGACUACUGUAGGGAUGAGAGCCCUUGUGCCAGGGCUUUAUUUUUAAUGAGGAACUAUCAUAAAAACAAAGAAUAAAUAUAAGCUUUAUCUCAUGGAUAAAAAACGAAUUAAUUAAACAUUUCUGAAGUUAUCAAGUUACUGCCGCGUGUGAUCAGCGCCGGCGAUUUUUCAUUUUAGCCAGCGCAGAGUGAGGGAAGGCGUUCGGGGAGAUUGGUCGUCGGAAAGACGAGGCGAUUAGACGCCAGGCGACUAAAUCUCCCCGAAACGUUCAGUGUGACCUUACCCAAAAUUUCCCUCUGUUUCUCUACAUGCAGGCUUUGUGUCAGAUUCAGAUUAUAAAGGACACCUCUGCAUCAGUGGCCUGUGCUCCCUUUGAUGAUGCAUUAGAGCUAACUGGUGAUUACAAAGUAAAUUCUUACACAGAGCGGGAUAAAAGAAAAUAAUAACAGUCAAGAAUUUCAGAAUUAUCAUUUUUAGAAAGUUAGAAAUUGGUCUAAUGUUUUAAAAAAAUCUGUACAUGUAACCUCUUCUAUCCAUGUAAGUAGAUGGGUAAAUGCAAAACCCAAAAAGCAAUAAAUAUAAACAAUGAAUAUAAAAUGUGCUCUAUCUGCAAUUCUAAUCUGCUUUUUUUGAGGACACAGCAAAUGUGGGCAUGGACCUUACCAAGUUAUUUAUUUAAUAAACAGAAGAACCUAA